CAUUCCGCUAUAUUGUGUCAGAGUCGUGUACCUCUCUGAAUCCCUUUGCGUUACUGGAUUUGAGUGGCGGUUUGUCUACAAGUCUUGCACUGCGGAAUUAAAAUGGGUUUGUUGCCAAAAUGUUGGUUCGGAUGGGCCACACUUUUUGCCACGGUACUGUCAGUGAAGGGUGCUAGCCAGCGUGAUUUCUUUAAAUAUGGAACACAUAUUGGAGACGAGGUUUUGAAGCCAGGAACCGACGAAACCCAAGAACUACUUCUGGACCAGUCACUUUUUUUCUUUUCUGAGGCUUAUGACACCGUUUACGUUAAUACCAACGGCUUUGUUGCAGUAGGGGAACCUACUCCAGAAUACGAGUACCUGGGAAAGAUGCCAGCCAGUUUUGGAAUGAUCGCAGCAUUCCUUGGAGAUCUUGACAACAGCGAUGGAGUGGGAAAGGUUUACUUCCGUCAGGACAGCUCUACUGACGUGCUUUUGAAGACAGCCAAUCACAUCAGCGAGGCCUUUCCUCAAGACGAUGAGAUUGAGCCUACCCAUGCCAUUAUAAUCACCUGGGAGAACAUAGCGGCAAACAGUAUCCCAGAGCAAGGUGACAGGGGAGACACAAAGAGGAACACUUUCCAGCUGGUUGUAGCCUCCAUGGCAUCUGCCUCCUACGCAAUCAUGUUCUAUCCCAAGGAUGGGCUGCAGUAUGUCUCCACACCACUGGGGAGUGAGCAUGAGGUCGUUCAGGGUGGGUUCAACCGAGGCCUGGUUAAGGGCUGGUUCUGGAGGACCAACCUGGGGGAAUACUACCGCAUCACCACCGACAACGAGUCAUCUGUCAGAGAGCUCCCCGAGCAGACCAACUCAGGCAGACAAGGUGUGUGGGUGUACGAGAUCGGCACGUCCCCCAUCUUCACCUCCAUCUCCCCAGGCCAGGUCACCGACCUGCCUCCCGAGGAGAUAGUGCCUGGGAGUGUUGCCACUGGGGCCGUUGUCCCCGUGUCACCCAGACAACCUGAGGGACAACAGAAAGUAAAGUUCCCAAUGUACGAGCCAGAGGAGGAGCCUCCUACCGUUCGCCCAGUGCAGUACCAGCCCAGAUAUCCAGUUCAGUCAAUACCCUCACGCUCCCAGCCAGAGAACCCUCAGGUGGUAGUAGUGGAAGAGGAUGAGGACUUGGAUGUGGACGUGUUUGCUUACAACUUUGAGAGGUGUGCCAAUAACAGGCUCAAGUGCUCUGCAUUCGCUGACUGCAGGGACUACAAAGAUGGCUACUGCUGCCACUGUAGGCCCGGCUUCUACGGCAAUGGCAAGGACUGUGUGGCUGAAGGUAAACCACAGAGGAUGAACGGGAAAGUGAAUGGCAGAGUGUUUGUGGGCAACUCGCCCUCGCCAGUGGAGUUCACCAAUAACGACCUGCACGCGUAUGUUGUGGCCAAUGACGGUAGGGCUUACGUGGCCAUCAGCACCAUUCCUGGGAACCUAGGACCGUCGCUGCAGCCCUUGUCUUCUCUCGGAGGGGUCAUCGGCUGGGCCUUUGCCUUAGAGCAGCCAGGCCACAAGAACGGCUUUGCUUCCAUCGGUGGUGUGUUUUCUAGGCAGGCUGAGGUGACCUUUCAGCCAGGCAAUGAGAGGCUGACCAUCAAGCAGGAUUUCAAGGGUAUUGAUGAACAUGACCACUUAGUGGUCAGUACCGAGCUGGAGGGCCGACUACCCGAGGUACCACGAGGAUCUUCAGUGCAGAUAGACCCUUACAAGGAGAUUUACCAGUACACCACCAACCAUAUCACCUCAUCCUCAAACCGUGCCUACACUGUCAGCCUGGCCAAUGGAAGUGUUCAGACCAGUAACUACCAGUGGCGUCAAACCAUCACCUUUCAAACCUGCCAGCACGACGAGUCCUUCAGGUCAUCCCCGACCACCCAGCUGCUCAGCGUUGACCAGGUGUUUGUCAUGUACGACACCAGCAACCAAUUGAUCCGUUAUGCCAUGAGCAACAAGAUUGGCUCCGUUCACAGUGGCCCUCCGGAGAAGAACCCGUGCUUCACCGGCAGACACAGCUGUGACACAAACGCUGCUUGCAGACCAGUCGAGGGACUCCAGUUCACCUGCGAGUGCGCCACUGGUUUCACUGGGAAUGGUCACUCGUGCUACGACAUUGAUGAGUGUAGGGAGACUCCCUAUAUCUGUGGCCAGAACGCCAUCUGUAACAACCAGCCCGGAACAUUCCGCUGUGAGUGUGUGGACGGUUUCCAGUUCACCAAUGAUGGGAAGACCUGUGUUGAAGUGAACCGUCCCAUUGACCACUGCCAGAGGGGAACCCAUGACUGUGACAUCCCAGAGAGGGCCAGUUGCAGCUACACGGGCGGCUCUGCCUACAUCUGCUCAUGUCUACCCGGCUUUGUGGGCAACGGCCAUUCCUGCCAAGACGUAGAUGAGUGCCAGCAGAGCCGCUGUCCCUGGGACGCAGUCUGCUACAACACUCCAGGCUCCUUCACCUGCCAGUGCCGCCCCGGUUUCCAAGGCGACGGGAUUCAGUGUACCCCUGGUUCCUCAGAGCGUGAGAAGACACAGUGUGAGCGUCACAGGGAGCGCACCCAAGCCUCUGUUCCAAACUCCUCCUUUUUCUUCUUCCGCCCACGGCCAGCCGUUGGACAGCACGUGCCUACCUGCGAUGAGCGUGGAGCCUACGAGCCGACUCAGUGCCAUGGCAGCAUUGGGCAGUGCUGGUGUGUGGACCGCAACGGUCAGGAGAUCCCCAACACUAGAACAGGCCCUGGACAAAAGCCUUUGUGUAUUGACCAGGCAGUUACUCCCCCCCCUGUUGGCCCCACCCCCAGGCCUGAUGUCAGUCCUCUGGCCCCCGGUACCCACCUGCUGUUCGCCCAGAGCGGCAAGAUUGAACACAUCCCACUGGACGGCUACCACAUGAAGAGAGAGGAGGCUAAGGCUCUGCUGCACCUGCCGGACAGAGUGGUAAUUGCCAUUGCCUACGACUGUGUUGAGAAGAUGGUGUACUGGACUGAUAUCACAGGGCCCUCCAUAAGCAAAGCUAGUCUGGAAGGUGGAGAGACCAUUCCUCUGGUAACUUCACAGCUGGAGAGUCCGGAGGGUAUUGCGAUCGACCACCUUGCGCGUCUGAUGUUCUGGACUGACUCUAUGCAGGACAGGAUCGAGGUGGCCAGGCUGGAUGGGAGCAACCGCCGGGUCCUGUUCGACACUGACCUGGUCAACCCUCGACCCAUCGUCACUGACCCGUCCUAUGGGCGACUUUACUGGGCAGAUUGGAACCGAGAAGGACCCAAAAUCGAGAUGUCCAACAUGGAUGGCACUGACAGAACUGUCUUGGUGAAAGACGACCUGGCCCUGCCCAAUGCUUUGACCUAUGACCCAGCAAGCCAACAACUAUGCUGGGCUGACGCCGGUACCCGUAGGGUGGAGUGUGUCGACCCCAACCGCCGGGUUCGUAAUCAAGUCGUGGAGGGGAUUCAGUAUCCCUUUGCUAUUGUAUCCCAUGGAAGGAACCUUUACUACACUGACUGGAGAAGGGAGGCUGUGGUAGCUGUGGACCGCGUGGCCCAGAGGGAGACAGAAGAGUUCCUGCCACAGAAGCGCUCACGUGUCUAUGGCAUCACCACCACUCCAACACAGUGCGCUCAAGGGUACAACUACUGCUCCAACAAUGGCGGCUGCUCACAUCUAUGUCUACCACGCCCAGGUGGCUUUACCUGCCGGUGCCCUGACGUGAUGGGUGGAAGGUGCGUGGAGAGGAAUGAAUGAGUCCCGGCCGGCAGUUCUGGAAUUCAUGAAAACGGCGUCACCUGUUGCUUUUUCUCUCAGUUUGGAAGAAAUACCGCUGACUCCAGCAGGGGUUAUGCUCAGGCCCAAUUCCAAUCUGAACUCAUGGCCCCUACCACUAGGCCCCUUAUUUGAUUCCCUCUUGCAGAUUUGAUAGGUAACAGCUGUUGAAAUACGCCCACUCAAAAUAGGUGUGGUUAAUUUGAACUAUUCCACCUUGCGUAUGUGGAACAAAUAAAGGGCAUGGAGAGUAUCAGCUAGAGAUCAGACUUGAAUUGGGCCUAUUAUCCCACUGAGCCAGUGAUGGACUGAGGGGGGACAAUUAGCAGGCUAGGGGGUGAAGAGGUUGUGUUUAGGUAUGGGGAGGAGGGUGGGGUUGAAAUACCUGGGGAUUUUACCGAGUUACCUUUCCUAAUCAAUUCUUACACUUACCAAAUUAUUAGUCCCAAUUUUUUAGUAGUAACUUUUUGUAACUUGUAAAUAAAUACCUGAAAUAUAGACAUUAUCUGAAUUACAGUUGCUUUUUUUUAACCUAAUAUAGAUUAUAGUGAUGACAACUGCCGGUCAUGCAGUAAUAUGUUUUUUGGCUGCCGCAAAAGCCCAUCUGGAAGGACCUUGGCCUGGCGCCUUUUGAUGACCUCAUGCACCAUAGGGAGGGUUGGGAGCCUGUGGUAGGAUGUUCUGUCUGUGCAGCUGGGUCAUCAGAGAUAUGGAAGAAACAAAAAAAAUAUUAUGCAUAGCCCCAAUAAAUACUUUUUGUACUAAG